AUGAAGGGAUUUUUCUUUGAAGUUCCCGAGUCUGGACCUGACACGGCCAACCCUAUCGUAUACCACUUCGGAGACUACGAAGUCACCAUCGAGAGAGCUUUCGUCUUUGAUAAACCUGGCCCGGCAAAAGGCAUCAUUAUUCACCAAUCCGGUGGCAAGUUUCUUCUGAUUGGCAGCGGAUUUUCAGUCAAGGCUCGCGCACUGAGCCCAGAUGCAAGCUUCAAUGGAAUCUUGCGAUUUGAAGAGAAGACGCCUGAAGGAUGUAGCCCAGGGGAAUUGCGGACUGUGAGGAUACUCAACGGCGAUGAGACGAGAGGAGGAAUCGUUGCAACGAUGCCGAACGACGACCCGGAUUAUGGAGAUUUCCCCAUCUGUGUGACGAUUCCCGCAAGGACGAAGGUUGCUGAGGUGGAGUUCUAUCACUUGAAGGAAGCAAAGUAG